CGUUUACCAAGAGAAAGUUCGGGUUGAUGAAAAAGGCCUACGAACUGAGCGUCCUUUGUGACUGUGAGAUUGCCCUGAUCAUUUUCAACAGCACCAACCGGCUCUUCCAGUAUGCCAGCACUGACAUGGACAAGGUUCUCUUGAAGUACACGGAGUACAGCGAGCCCCAUGAGAGCCGAACCAACUCAGAUAUUCUGGAGACCCUGAAACGAAAAGGCUUGGGUUUUGAAGGUGCAGAACUGGAUCUUGUAGAAGCGUUGGACCCAGCUGAGAAACUGAGGCAGCUGGAUGAAGGAAUGGACCUUAGAUUAGCCCGGCCAAAACUUAGCUCAGCGGCUUUCCUGUCUAGCCUGGAGGGGGCGUCCUUGGGAACACCCCCAUCUGGAGGUGAAGGUGGGGCAAGCAAUUCAGGCGAAUCUCCGGUUCAACAGAGCCGUCUGCAGCAGUUGAAGCCAACUCUUCCCAAGCCAGCCUUCCCUUCUGUGCGAUCCCCGGCAACCCUUGGACCAGGCAUCGGGUACUCGAUCUUCUCCCAUAGCAACCUCAGCCGUGUGUUGUCAAGCAAAACGCCUCCCCCGCUCUAUCUGGGAGCUGACUCCCGUCGGGUGGAAGGACAGCUUUCGGCAAGCAGGAACAAUCUAGCAUCCACACACCCGUUGUAUCCCGGGCUUCAGAAUCUGAGUCCCGUAUUGCCCGCUGGAGGUCUACCUGGACGUGGGCUACCAGGAUACCCCUUCCUCUCCUCCACCCCAUCAGAAUAUACUUUGGGGGAAAGCACCCCACACCCCUUCGGCUUCCAAGGAAACACCACGGCGGCUUGGCAACACCGAGAAUAUCCAAUGCCGGGAACAGCAAGCCGGAUUUGUGACCAGGCUUCCCUAGUCCCCGCCUCCCCUUCCUUGCACACCCAAAUCAGUGUGAAGUCGGAGCGGGCCUCGCCCACAGCCAGCUGUUCUUCGGCUGUCCCCCAGAUCUCCACAUCUGUGCGUCCCAACCUCUGCAAUGUCAACGUCCCCAUGGACCUCCCUUCUCAGGAAGAUUACAUCAAGGGCUACCAUUACUCAUUCCUUCUGUCCCGGCCUCCGUCAGAAGAACCGAAGCAGCCCAAUGUUCCCUCCCAUCGCCUGCCGGUGUCUACCGCAGAGGAGUGGCAGAAGUAACCAGGAGGCUCAGCUUGUUCACGCGUGUGCUCAGCGGAGGUGGCUGAACGUAGGCGUGCACGUACGGGCAAGAGUGAAUGGCAAUCGCGUGCAUUCACCUAUCAAUCAUAAUAGGGCCAAAGUAGGGAAACAACCAGGGGUGGGCUUCAAAAA